AUGCCAACUGGAUCAGACGAUAAACCAAUGGAAGUUUGUAAAAGACCAUCAUGUAUUUCCAAUCAUUUCAAGCUUCCAAAAGCUUGCAUCAAAAAAGGGCAAGCGAAUUACGCUUACACCACUGCUUAUUCAAGAAGAGAACUAUCAGUAAAAGCAUGCAGUCCUAGUAGCAGUGGCGGAGAGAAAAAGACUGCAAGGCGUAGCUUCUUGUCUCUAGAAGAAGCGGGUUUAGUGGAAGUAUCCGGCCUCAGCCCUCAUGAGCGUUUUCUAUGUCGGUUAACGGUAUCGUCACUGAAUCUGCUAAAAGUGAUAGCAGAGCAGGAAGGGUGUGCGAUUGAGGAGCUGAAUGCGGGGAGAGUUUGUGAUUGGUUUUUAAAAGACAAGCUGAAGAGGGAGCAGAAUUUGGAGUCUGCGGUCCUGCAAUGGGCUGGCCGCCGGAAUCCCCUAUAUAUAGGGGGUUUUCCGGCUGCUUGGGGGGGCUUAAGCCCCCACCAGCCCCCCCUUAAAUCCGUGGCUGGGAGAGGGAUGUUCGGAGCCCAAAUUUCCAUUAUUGCUGAAGCUUCUUCUACUUCUGGCUGGGAUGUUCCCAAAACUGCCAAUGGGUAA